GUGUGUGUGUGUGUGUGUGUGUGUGUGUGUGUUUUCUGGGGGUCUUGUCUCAAGAAUUCUACAAAAAUAUUUAAAAAAAACAUUAAAACAAUGACAAUAAUAUUUUAAAAAAAUUAUAAAACUAUUUGUUGUUUUUUAUCUUUAAGUCUUCUUCUGUCUUCACAAGGACCAAAAACAGGUUAAUGGUCCUGGUUCGGACCCCCAGGAUAAGGUCUGCAGACUGUUAGUGGUCCCUUUGUCUGGCCAGGUUCCAGAGGUCCCACCGCAGCAGUGACCCUGAACGUCUCACAGUAUAAAACCUGAUCUGGGACCAGUGGGUCUGGGACUGGUCUGCUGGUCUUCUCGACCCUGUCGCCAUGCGGAUCUGUCUCCUGUGCGUCUCCUGGACGUUGUGGUUCUUUAGCGGAGCUCUGCWGCCAUCUCAGCGGGAGGAGGGAGACCCACAGCCCGGCGGGUGGAGGGAGGGGGUUCAGUGUAGACCCAGGAAACCUGCAGCCCCCCCAGGAAUAAGGGACCUGUUGAAGUCCGGGAUCCAGAGGAGAUCAGCUCUGAGAGGUCCUGGUGUCUGUGGAGACCUGCGUUGCAUCCAAAGGGUUCUGUCUCCUAAAACCAGGAGAAGUUCCCAAUCCAAACCUUCUUCUCCUGCAACCAGACGGUCUUAUCCUCCUGCAGCCAGACGUUCUCCUCCUUCAGCCAGAUGUUUUCCUCCCUGUCCACUGGCCUACAGCUGUGUGUGUAGACAGUUUUUCCGUAGUAACUGUAGUUUUGUUAUUAUUAUGGUAUUUCCUGUUGGAGGGCACCAUCAGGUGACUCCUUCACCUGGCCUGACUGCACCUCCUUCAUCCUCCACCACCACAACAGGACCAACCAGGACCAGCCUCAGAUCUGAACCUGCAGACUCAGAGUCAAACCCAUCAUCCCGUGAGGACAAGGUACUGAAGGGUUUAGACUCUGGCUCUGCCAGAACCAGAAGUCCUGAAGCUGAGACUGAAAACGUAAACGUGAGCCGAGGAGGUGUGUCGCAGAAGGAGAACCAAGCCUCCUCAGAGAGUCUGGGUCCAGUUCAGACUAAUCCAUAUCUGAAGGAGCAAAGAAAACCCUCUGAAUGUGUGAUUCUAGACCCAUAUCCUGGUUCUGAAGGAGAAAACAAGACCCAAUCCAGUUCUGAGUCCCUGAAACUGAAUCUGGGACUAAAAGAGGACGAGCGUUGGACAAGAGGGACGAGAAGACAGGAGAAGAAGAACCAGACACUGAGUUGUCUGUCCGCUGCUCUGUAAGAACGGAGGCGUCUGUCUGCAGAAAGAUCGCUGCUUCUGUCCUGCCAACUUUACCGGGAAGUUCUGCCAACUUCCUGUUUCCUCGUCCAAUCAGAUGAGCCGACCCGCUCUCCUCUCCAACUCAGCAGCCAAUCAGGAACUGAUGAGGUCAGAGUUCCUGCUUCCACUGGGUCAGAACCAGGAGGCCCCGCAGAGUCCGAACCGGAACACAUCAGACCCUGAAGAAUCUGGUUCCCCCAUGGUGAAGGUCAGAGUCCAGCACCCCCCUGAAGCCAGCGUGAAGGUCCACCAGGUGCUGAAGGUGUCGGGUUCUGCUCCUGCCCUGCAGAUGCUCUCCUCUUCAGGUUCAGCAGGUGCUCCGGCACCGUCUCCGAUUCUGGGCCGUGAAGUCCAGACCCAGAUCUUGAAGGGUGCUGGGACCCACAGCCAACAGUCAGGCUUCAAAUACUGUUUCAGGGAGGUGAAAGAUGGGCAGUGCACCUCUCCUCUCCCUGGCCUGCGGAGCAGAGACAUGUGCUGUGGUGGGAUGGGGAAGGCCUGGGGUCUCACAGAUUGUGUCCUCUGUCCUCAAAAUUCAGGUCAGAACAACAGCAGCUGCCCAGCUGGGUUCGAGCGAGCCAAUGGAUCUCAGUGUGUUG